AUGACAUCUCUCUCGCUAUCGCUGGAUCCCCCAGCCUUGGUCAGACUCCAUGACGUCUUGAUCUGUCUGUCCAAGUUUAGUGAGACCGUCGCCAUCGAGGCCGAGCCAACCCUUCUUCGUCUGAGUGCCCUCAAUUCCACCAAGACCGGGUUUGCCUCCUUUGCCUUUGAGAAGAAUGUCUUCUUCGAGACAUACUCUUUCCAAACCAGCAAUGAUGGGCACAGUGGAAGCACUCCUCAAGAUCGAUUCUUCUGCCAGAUCUACGCAAAGGCACUUUUAUCAAUCUUCCGAGGGAGAAUUGAUAAGAACAAAGACACCGCCGUGGAGCGCUGUGACAUGGAAAUACAUGAAGACCCACAGCAAGCCGAGUGCAGACUCACAGUGAAGAUGAUAUGUGGACUUGGUGUCAUCAAAUCAUACAAGCUCACCUACGAGCCAGCAGCGAUUCAACACGCUGUCUUUGACAAAUCUAAGGCUACAAGUAUGUGGGCGGCUGAUCCAGGAUUCCUCAAGAACCUGAUAGAACACUUCAGUCUAUCUGCCGAGCAAUUAGAUAUGUACUCUGAUUCCGGCAGGGCAGUCUUCACCAGUUUUACUACGAAGAUCACUGAAGGCAAAGGCAGGAAUUCCAUGUUAUCUAGUGAGAAGAUUCGACUUGCUAACCUUCAGACAGAAGUUCUGAAACAUCCAGUGCACACGUCUGUCGCAACAGACAAACUCGACUUCCAAGAGUAUCAGGUUGAAGACAACAUGCACGUGGCAAUCAAUCUCAAGGACUUCAAGGCCAUAGUCGGGCAUGCGGAAACGGCAAAUGCCACCGUGACAGCCCGGUUCACCAGGCCUUGCAAGCCGCUGCAACUGGAGUACCGGGUCGAAGGAGUCCAGGCGGAAUUCACGAUUAUGACCCGCGGCCAAGCAGAUGAUGAUGUUCCAUCAUCCCGGGCAACUAUCCCACGAGAAACACCAGCGCCAAUCCCGGUUGCAGCCAGGCCGUCCGAAACCCAGCGAUCGGCACCAAAUACGAUGCCACCACCGCCGCCACGGAGCAGAUCGAUUCGCCCUUUGCAUGGAUCAUCCACACAGGAGAACCUGAGUCAAAGGACCGGCGCGGAUCGACCUUUGGCGUCUGGUCUUUCGAUGGAUUUCGACAGUCUCUUUGUUCCUGCUGAUGACGAUAGACAAUGGGAUGAGAUGAACGAAGAGGAGGAGCCCCAGGAUAUUCUAGGGUGGGAUGCGUCGGGAACUCAGGAUGCUUUCGGUGCAUCGAUUCGUGAUGCAGAGCCUGCUCUGAAGGGCGACGAGCGGACCGAAGAGCCAGAUGACGAGAUAGGUCUUCCGCCAACUCAGCGUUUGUCUCAGGUUCGCCAGUACGGUCUCUUCGACUGA